CUCAUUCAGGACACCAGGAAGUGCUUUGUGCAUGUUGAGUGCAGCAGCUGGGUGUGCUGUGUGCUUCCUGGUAGCAUUGCUGCCUCCAUGAGCCUGCAGGUAGGUUUCCUGCUGGGCAGUGCCUGGGAAGCCUGGAGGGUAUUGGGGUGGGGUGGGUUACUUUAUUUCUGAUAAGCAGCUGUUGGCAUGCCUUGGGAGUCUGACUGAGCCUAUUAUUAUUUAUUAUUGUUUAUUGUUAUUAUUAUUUAUUAUUAUUAUGGUUGCCACCUCAUCCAUGUCUAGUCCUACACACAAUAAAACAGGCAUGUCCCUUCUAAACGGGACUGGGUAAAGAGUUCAGUACUGUAAUAAUUAUCUCUUAUAAUGAUUUCGGUUUCAGACAGUAUUUUAUCAAAUUGGCGAGACUUUACUCACCUCAUACAGGAGGAGUAAGGCACUUAUUGUGACCCAUGGCUGCACUAAGUGAAGAUAAACUUCUGUUUUUUAAUCUGGGUUAAAUGUUUCUUGGAAUUCAGACAGAACAUAUCUGAUCAAUUAUAUUGUAAAGCGCUACGGAAUCUGUUGGCGCUAUAUAAAUGGCAAUAAUAAUAAUUAUAUUGCAGGUUGAGUUCUGAAAUUUUAUUCAGACUCCGUUAUUCUCUGAUUUUACUAAAUUUAAUUUGUGUGUGUUUUUUAAUUUAUUUAUUUUUAUUUCUAGAAUACAUACUAUAGGCAACAGAAUAAUCCAGUAUAAUCAUUCUCUCCCUUUAUGCAUCAAUCUCCAAAGUAUCAGAAAAGCCCAGAGAGAAAAGAUAUUGACAGCACAGUUUAGCUAAUGUAUCUUGCAUUUGUAGGAGAUAAGCUUGGUUUAGUUAUAAAAUAUCUAAAAUGAAGAUUAUACAUGCACUAAUCACGUAUUCGAUAACAAGGACUUUUCUUUUUUAUGCAAUAGUAAUUUACCUCUUAUUGAAAACAACCAGACUUGCAGGGUUAUAGACUAAAUGCAUGUAAUAUCCAAAUGUCUAAAUUUAGGAAAAGAUUGCCAAUGUGGAAAAAAACAGGUUUUAUUUAUUUAGUUAUUUUUCAUAUCAUGGAAGCGCCUUACACACUUUACUGUUUCUUAAAAUAUCCAUGCACUAACUGUAGCCAAGUUGGAGACUUUUUUGAAAUAUUUGUCUCUUUGGUUUUCAAUGUAUCACAACCCGGUGUGUAUUAAGCAUAAUAAUGCAUGUUCUUUUCCAACAUUGUGGGAAAGCUGUAAUAAAUAAUUAGACUAUCAUUGGUCCUGAACAUGUUAAAAUACAUACAGACCUUUUUUUUUUUUUUUUUUAAAUGCCAUUUAAUUUCAUUAUUUAUUUGAACACCAUAUUCACAAAUGUAAAAACAAAGUACAUAUUUGCACAAGACAUGCAGUCAUACCACAAAAUUCAUACUACAAAAUAGACUACUUUAUUUGUAAAACAUAAUACCCCAUGAUGCUUAAAGAUAAAUAAGUGACUGUUAUUCAGCCUGUAUCAACCUGUUCCUGUACUCCAGGGGUGAGGAAUCUUUGGCCCUCUAGAUGUUUUGGACUGCAUCUCCCUUAAUGCUUUUACAGCCAUAAUGCUAGCAAAGCAUCAAGGGAGAUAUAGUCCACAACAUCUGGAAGGCCGAAGGUUCCCCACCUCUGCUGUACUCUCUAGUCUACUCUGUGCUGGCAAGGAAUACCCAUAGCAUGUUUGAAGUGUGAAAUCUCCUGCUCUUCCUGUAAGUCAGUUAGUCUGGCGAAGAAUUGAUUGACAGGAUGGCGAAAGAUUAAAGGGACACUAUAGUCACCCAGACUACUUAAGCUCAAUGAAGUGGUCUGGGUGCCAGCCCUCUCAGGUUUUAACCAUUCAGAUGCAAACAUAGCAGUUUCAGAGAAACUGCUAUGUUUACAUUUGGGGUUAAGCCAGCCUCUAGUGGCUGUCUUCCGGACAGCCACAAGAGGCGCAUCUGCGACGCUGGAGGCACAUUAUGCCUCCAUCACGCAGAGCAUUGAUAGGAAAGCAUUGCCAAUUUGCACGUGCGGCACUGCCGCGCAUUCCACUCCGCAGUCUAUACAUUUGCUAGAACAAUGUAUAGAUUCAAUUUAAUUCUCUAUAAAUCAUAAUAAUUCAUGUGUACAAUGAUGGGAACAAUUUUAAGAACCACGGUUUAGCAUGCUGGAUAUGUAAAUAAGUUUGCAAACUGUCUUGAAGAUGUUUUGCUUUAUUUUGAUGUUUUUCAUGCAGACUCCUGUAAUUUCCAACUCAGUGUGUGAUAGUGUAACUACAUACAACCAUUUUAAACAAUUUCCCUUUUCCUUUUUGCAGUUAUAUUUGCCAGUUAUUGCUACAGAACAUACUUUGCAUGGUAGAGGAUCCAUAUACUCCUAAUCAAUCUGAAAUAAAGGUCUGCAUUAUUUAUUUAUAAAUCCGUUUGAUAGUUACAUUAUUAUAAUUCCUGGAGAUUUUUUUUAUUUUUAUUUUUUUUGUGCUUUUACACUGUAGAGUCAUGUGUGCUAGCUAUGAUUAUUUAUAUAUAUAAUUUUUUUAAUCUCCUUCCUUUCUCCCCCCUCCUUCCCCUGUACAUGCAAUAUCGAAUAGUGGUGUAACACUAAUUCUCAGUGUAUACAAUACACACAAACAAUCAGGGAUCGUAACACAAAAAUAUACUAUCACAAGUCCUUCACAACCACUUAAAAUGUCUUGUCUGAAAAUGUGCAAAUCAAUCACACAAUAUUGACAUGCUCUUUAAAUGAAUACUCCAAGCACCACAACCACUACAGUGUGCUGUAGUUGCUAUGGUGACAGGACAGUGUCACCCCAGAAUAAGAAGUAAAUCUGUUUUAGUAGCCUUUUAACUUCUUAGCUAAGAUCUACCAGGCGCUGCUCCACACCUAGGAACACCUCAGAUGGCUACUUGCGGUACUGCACAGUAUCUCCACUCUCUGCAUGGAGACGCUGAACUGUCCUCAUAGAGAUGCAUUGAUUCAAUGCAUCCCUCUGGGGAGAUGCUGACUGGCCAUGGCGUUGUUUGGCUUCCGUUCUUUACUCCGCCUCCUUUGCUGAGAUCAUCAGAAUUAAUGAUUGCAGCCAACCCAAUACUUUCUAUGGGGAAAUAUUGUGAUUGGCUGAGAUCAUAAAUUCUGAUGAUGUCAGCCUAGGAGGAGGAUUGGGGCGUGACAGUGGCAGCAGACCCGCGCAGCACUGUAGUAAGGUAAGUUGUUGUUUUUUUUUCUAGAUUUAAGGGAGGGUUAGGAUCUAAAACCAUUGUACAGCCAGAUAAAUUAGUGUGACACUUUGAGAAAUAUAUGAGGGGAAAGUAGUCCAGAGCAGAAUUCAUUGGAAAGGAUCUGAGGCUUCUGAUUUUGGAGCUUUCAUGCAAGUAUCAAACAGAUUUUUAUUUGUUUAUAGCUGUAAAUGAUUAAGGCUGCAAUUUUGCACAUUUGUAUUUUAUUAGGGAUCGACCGAUAUUGAUUUUUUUAGAGCCGAUACCAAUACCGAUAUUCUGUGAACUUUCAGGCCGAUAGCCGAUAUAAUUUGCCGAUAUUCUGUACAUUUACCAUUUUGGAAAAUAAAAACUAUUUCUAAAGGUAAAUGCACAAAAUAUACAUGCCACGUGUAGUGGAUGCAGUGUGACAGGGGAGCUGUGUGUGUGUGUAGUGGAUGCAGUGUGUGUCUUUGUGUAGUGUGUGUGUGUGUAGUGGAUGCAGUGUGUGUUUGUGUAGUGUGUGUGUGUAGUGGAUGCAGUGUGUGUUUGUGUAGUGUGUGUGUGUAGUGGAUGCAGUGUGUGUUUGUGUAGUGUGUGGGUUGUGGAUGCAGUGUGUGUUUGUGUAGUGUGUGUGUGGAGGAUGCAAUGUGUGUUUGUGUAGUGGAUGCAGUGUGUAUUAGUGUAGUGUGUAUAUAAUGAAAGCAGAGUGUUUGUGUAGUGUGUGGGUAGUGUGCGUAAAGUGAAUGCUGUAUAUACUAAAUGCAAAGUGUGUGUGCAUAUAAUGAAUGCAGAGUGUGUGUGUAUUUGUGUAGUGUGUGUAUAGUGAAUGUAGUGUGUGUUUGUAUAGUGUGUGUAUAUAAUGCAGUGUGUUUGUGUAGUGUGCAUUAUGUAAACACACUACGCAAAUACACUGCAUUAUAUACACACACUAUGCAAACACACUGCAUUAUAUACACACACUACACACACAAACACUGCAUUAUAUAAACACUACACAAACACACACACUGCAUUAUAUACACACUGCACAAUAUACACACUGCACAAACACACACUGCACAAACACACACUGCAUUAUAUAAACACACUACACAAAUACACUGCAUUAUACACACACUACACAAAUACACUGCAUUAUAUACACACACUACACAAACACACACUGCAUUAUAUACACAGUGUGUUUGUAUAGUGUGUGUAUAUAAUGCAGUUUGUGUGUGUGUAUAUAAUGCAGUUUGUGUGUGUUUGUAUAGUGUGUGUAUAUAAUGCAGUUUGUGUGUGUUUGUAUAGUGUGUGUAUAUAAUGCAGUUUGUGUGUGUUUGUAUAGUGUGUGUAUAUAAUGCAGUUUGUGUGUGUUUGUAUAGUGUGUGUAUAUAAUGCAGUGUAUUUGUGUGCAUUGUAUACAAACACACACUAUACAAACACACACUGCAUUAUAUACACAGUGUGUUUGUGUAGUGUCUGUGUAUAUAAUGGAGUGUGUGAGGGGGAAUUUUUUAUUAAAUUAUUUUUUUAUAUAUAUAUUUAAUUAUUAUUUUUUGUCCCCCCUCCCUGCUUGUUACCUGGCCAGGGAGGGGGGAUAUGACAGUCCCUGGUGGUCCAGUGGUAUUGGCUGAGCUGGGGGGGGCGGAGAGCAAGCGCUUACUCACCUCCCAGCAGCUCCUCCAGCUCCCCAGUGCAACUCUCGCGGCCAGCGUGUCGCGCGGAGCGUUGCCAUGGUGAUCCAUGGCAACGCUCUGACGGCCGCGGGUCUCGCGAGAGUUACAGCUGGAGGAGCUGCUGGGAGGUGAGUAAGCGCUUGCUCUCCGCCCCCCCAGGACCGCCGGGCUUGUAAUGAGCCUGGCGGUCCUAGGAGGUAUUAUCGGCAAUAUCGGUAUCUGAAUUGGCCGAUACCGAUAUUGCCGAAAAUACCGAAUAUCGGCCGAUUAUAUCGGUAAAACCGAUAAUCGGUCGAUCCCUAUAUUUUAUCAGUUGUUGCCUAAUAACCUACACUGAUCAUGCCCACUUCUGUGAUUUUCUCCUAAGGUAAUAGUACAGUGACCAAUCUAGAGAACAGUGGGUUACCAAACAAAGCAAACCCAGGUAAUAUUUAAUAUAUCAAAUUUAAGUUCUAAGAUUAGUUUUAGGAUAUUCCUUUGUUCCAUGUAAGUACUGGCAAAGUAAUGAAGCUAAUAAGCUGUUUUGGCAAACAAAUCCUUUUAAGAACAUACAUUUUACUGAUAAGUGAAAGACAACGUUUUAGACCAGGUUGUUAGAAUGCUUGAGGUGUGUGUGUACGUACGUACGUACGUACUGGUUGAAAUCAGAAAACUGGGAAAGAUAGAGAACACCUGUAAUGGACUUAUGAGAAAAAGAGAAUGCCAUUGCUCAUUUGAGACACUAAACGGGAGUAUAUUUAUUUUAAAAGCUUGUUUUCUUUUCUUCCAAAGUAAAAAUAUAUUUACCUGUAUUAAUUUUUCAUUUACUGUGGAUUUUAUAUAAACUAAUAUAAAUUAUCCUAGAUAAUGUCAAUGCAGAUAUAAAAUAUAGUUUUAUAUAUUGUUUAAGGAAUGUGAUAUUUAUCCACUGUACACAGAACUGAAGUGAAUUGAAAAUCAAAUUUAUAAAUUUAGGCCGAAAUAGCAAAGCUUUGACUAUAGCUAUCUUUUUAGAAUGUUUCCAAACCGCUGUUUUACAAUUCCGUUUUUACUUCACUAAAAUGUUAUGGUUUGUGAAUAAGCCCCAGUUGAAUUCUAUAGCAAUUUUUCAAAUGUAAUUUGGUUAGGGACUCAAACAGUAUUUAGGCUUUCUCACUAUGAAUUGUUGCAGACUGAAAUCUGGAAGGCAAAAUUCAGGCUAAAAGAGCCAAUCUGUGAUUAUGCAUAUGUUGGAAAAUUGAAAUCAGCAAAUUUUGAGACUUGAAUUUCAGUUCACUACAAAGAGAGAGAGAGUGAGUGUGUGACAUAUAUCUUUUACAUUAUCAGUUGCUGUGCAAAACAGGUAAAUUUCAUCUGCAAUCAUUAGGCCUACUACAAGUGGCCCGAGCACAUUUUGUAAAUUUUAAAUGUUUUCUCAGUUUCUUGAAAUGUUGUGACAUUGUAAAUUCCAAAAUUAUGCCUGUAUCUUUGUAUUUGAAAGCUAAAAUAUUAAUUAUUUAUUUUUGCCAAAGUGUAAAUGAUAAUUGUAAAUGUUUUGGCAAAUUUACUCAAACUUUGGACAUCUCUACUUUUAAGACUAUUAAAAUAAUUUUGAAAAUAAUUAUUUGUUUGAGAUAUAUAUAGUUUAGGAUAAUACAGGGCUUACACAUUUGCUUUGAAUCUAGGAGUCAGCUAAAAAAGUUAGGCACCAGUUUUUUUUUUUUUUUGUUUGUGUGUUUCUUUAUUUUUUAUUUUUUUAAAAUGACAAAUACAAUUCUUAUUGGGACACUACAACUUAACGCAGUUGUUCUGGUGUCUAUUGUCUGUCCCUGCAAGCUUUUCAACAUGAAUCACAGAUCUGUUAAAGUGCAUUUAACAUUCAAACUACACUGCAUCAUAACAUAACCCAAAAAAGGAAAAAAAGGCAGUGAUUACAUUGCUGCUUAGUAACACCCCUAGUGGCAGUCACUCAGGCGGCCACUAGAGGUGCUUCCUAGACCAGUGCUGCACAGUGUACAGCACCUACAUUCAGCAUCUCCAUGUUCUGCAUGGCGGCGCUGAAUGUUCCCCAUGGAGAUUCAUUGAUUCAAAGCUGAGAUCCUCAAGACUGAUUAUCCCAGCCAUGGCAAGACCAGUGACAGCAUGGGGAAAAAAUGUGAGUAAAAACACCUUUCCCAUGCGAUAUGAGGGGGGCCAGUCACCUAAACAGACGCACACGCUGACACACAUUCUCUCACAAUUUUAUGUUUUAAUUUAAGUUCACCUUACCUCCCUACCUUUUGGGAGAGUUGCAGUGGAUCAUUUCCUUUGGGUCCAGUGUGACUGCUGUGAUCCUGUAAUCUUAAUGCUUUGCUGCCUCGCAUUACCUUUAGUGAUGCUGUCGCCAGAGUGACCUCAUAUCCCGGCAUCGUAGCAGGGAGGACAAGGGAGCAGAGUAAGAAGAGCAGGUAGAUUACAGCUCCCUCACUGCCCCACCUUAUUGCUCAGUCUUCCGCCUCAGCUGAACAGGCUGACAAACACCCAGGUGCCAGAACAAGCCGGGCGCCUGGGAUUUGUCGAGCCCUGGGUUAAUAUAAUUUGACUGUGCUGAUCAGACCUGCUAACACAAAUCCAGCUAAUGUUGCUGAUUAAGGACAGCAGUAUUAGAAUGCAGACACAGGGUUGCCCGACUUUAGGUUCUAAAUUACAAAGGGCACUCAUAACCUUUUAUCUUAUCAAGUGUCUGUGAUACUUAAAGGAACCCAUAAUAAAUAGAGGCCAACCAAUCCAACUGGAAUUCACUAAGACACAAUUUACUAUUUCUGAGAAAUAAAAUAAAACAUUGCUCAUUUUAAAUAUAGCUGUUUGAUGAUUAUACUUAAAAUUGUAGGCUUUGGUCUAGGUUGGCCAAAAGCAACAUUAACUUCAAAGACUCUGAUAAAUUCUUUUCAUCCUGGUCUAUAGUCAUUAUAAAAAAUGUGUUAAUGGGGAUUCGUCUACUAUACUACAUAUGACAGGUGUGAAUUAGAAAUAAAAGUUUAAUUGAAAGGAAAUCUCUUUUGUGGAUUUAUAAAAGGAACGACAGGAUUAAGGAAAAACAAUUAAUUUUAAGAGUUUGUGAAUAAUUAAACAUUCCUUUCCAGCAUUUGUUUGUUUUUUUUGUUUUUUUUUAUCCAUCAACAAAACUAGCUGUUCCUUUUAAAGGGGAAAUGUUGAUUUUCUAACAAUUACACCAUUGAAUAAAACUUCAAAAAUCACCUAUAACGUUUUACCUUUUUUUUUUUUUUUUUCAUGUGAUUUCAAUUUUCUGUUAAAUGUAUGAAAAGAGCAGCAGGAAAUGCUAGCAGAAUGCUUGGUAGUAUAGGGAGAGGUAUUAGCAGUAGAAAGAGGGAAGUGCUCGUGCCAUUGUACAGAACACUGGUGAGCAUAGGCGUGCGCGCCGGGUGUGCCUGGGCACACCCUAAUCCCUGUGGCACGCCUAUGGUUUGAGUCCUGUUCCUGCACUUUUUUUUGAGCAGGAACGCUGUUCCUGCAGGCGCGCAGCGCCUCACUCACUUCUUGCCCCUGUCAUGGGGGGGCAAGAGGUGGAUUCCCCCCGCGCUCUCCAGCUCAGCCGCGGCGAGGGAGCUGUCUGCUCUCUGCUCCCUCUCGCCGCGCGCUGAUGCCGGGAGCCGGAAUAUGACGUCAUAUUCCGGCUCCCAGCUCCAGCAGACAGCCCGCGCGGCGAGAGGGAGCAGAGAGCAGACAGCACACAGCUCCCUCGCCACGGCUGAGCUGCAGAGAGGCGCCCGCCCCACUGGACCCCAGGGAAAAGUCCACGCCAGCACUCCAGGUAGGAGGCUGGGUGGACAUUGUUUUUUAUUAAAAUAUAAUAAUUUGUUCGUGUGUGUGUGUGUCUGUGAGAGUGUGUGUGUGUGUGUACGCAUAUAUAUAUAUAUAGAUAUAUACACACACACACACACACACCCGGCGCUAUCUGAGUGCCGGCUCUGCUCUAAGCCUCCAUGGGCCGGCGGGGUGACCAAAGAUCUACCUCACCGGCCCACAGCAGCAUGGAGGGAGGCAGGAGAGGACCCAGGGAGCUCUAGACAGAAGCUCCGCCAGGUUCCUCUCGCGAUAUCUGAGCGUUGCUGCGGCAAAGCUCAGAUCUCGCGAGAGUUAACUCUAGCCCCGCAGGCUAGAGUUCACUCUCCACUGGACCACCAGUGAUGGCACAUGGCAGCAAGGAUUUACUAAUCUGCCAAAUCCCUCCAAACAUACAGCACACACACAUACAGCACCUACACACAUACAGCUCACACACACACAGUACACUAACCGCACCCUCACAAACACACACAGCACCUUUUAAAAAAACACAACACCCUCACACACAACACACACACCCUCACAAACACACACACAAACAGCACCCUCACAAAUACACGACACUCACACAAACAGCACCCUCACAGGACAAACAUACACACACAAACACCCUCACACACAAAUAGCAAAGUCACAAACACACACACAAAUACCCUCACAUCACACUAACAGCACACACAGCAGUGUGUGUGUGUGUGUGUGUGUGUGUGUGUGUAUAUAUGUAUAUGUGUGUGUAUAUAUAUAUAUAUAUAUAUAUAUAUACACACACACAUACACACACACACACACACACACACACACACACAGCGGUGUUUGUGCUUUAGGGUGCAUGCCUAUGCUGGUGAGACCUCACUUGGAGUAUUGUACACAGUACUGAGACCGUAUUCCAGAAGGAUAUUGAUACUUUAGAGAGAGUUCAGAGAAGGGCUACUAAACUGGUUCAUGGAUAAAACUUACAAGGAAAGGUUAAAGGAUCUUUACAUGUAUAGCUUGGAGGAAAGACGAGACAGGGGGAUAUGAUAGAAACAUUUAAAUACAUAAAGGGAAUCAACACUGUAAAGAACGAGACUAUAUUUAAAAAAAAAAAAACAACAAAAAAACCUACCACAACAAGAGGACAUAGUCUUAAAUUAGAGGGGCAAAUAUUUAAAAUAUCAAGAAGUAUUAUUUUACAGAGAGGGUAGUGGAUGCAUGGGAUAGCCUUCCAGCUGAAGUGGUAGGGGGUAACAGUGAGGGAGUUUAAUCAUGCAUGGGAUAGGUAUAAGGAUGAGACUAAUGAAAGUAUUUAGAACAAUGUGCAAACAUUAACAUGUAUAGCUUGGAGGAAAGACAAGACAGGGGGGAUAUGAUAGAAACAUUUAAAUAUAUAAAGGGAAUCAACACAAUAAAGGAGGAGACUAUAUUUAAAAGAAGAAAAACUACCACAACAAGAGGACAUAGUCUUAAAUUAGAGGGACAAAGGUUUAAAAAUAAUAUCAGGAAGUAUUACUUUACUGAGAGGGUAGUGGAUGCAUGGAAUAGCCUUCCAGCUGAAGUGGUAGAGGUUAACACAGUAAAGGAGUUUAAGCAUGCGUGGGAUAGGCAUAAGGCUAUCCUAACUAUAAGAUAAGGCUAGGGACUAAUGAGAGUAUUUAGAAAAUUGGGCAGACUAGAUGGGCCGAAUGGUUCUUAUCUGCCGUCACAUUCUAUGUGCUGAAUGGUUCUUAUUUGUCAUCACAUUUUAUGUUUCUAUAAGACUUGGCAAUUGAUUUUAUAAGUCAAUUCAGUUCUGGCACACAUUGCAUUGGAGGAAGAAAAACAAAAAAAUAUAUAGCAAUUGAUAGGCACCAUGAAAGAGGUUAAUUCAGCAUUGUGGAUUUUUUAUUUUUAGACCUCAAGAGCAAACACGUAUGUUUACAUAUCCAGUAUAGUUAACAUAAGAUUAAAAAUCCUGGGGAGUGAAUGGACCCCUUUUAACUGAUAUUAUUGUGGUUAAUUAUGUUUCAAGCAAUAUGCCCUCUCUCCCACAAGUUCUAUCUGUGCUUAGAAUUUACAGUUCAUGUGUCAAAUACAUUUGACAAUUUUUUUCCAGUUUCAAAGGAUGUCUUAUCUUACUGUAUGUUUUUCAUGCCCUCAUAAGCAAAAGAGAUUUCAAGUUUUUCAUCAUACUUUUUUUUUUUUUUUCUCUUUGCAAACGACACUAUUCAAACUACAGUUUUUUUGUUAAAUGAUGAACGGCUGUUUUUAGAUAAGACAAAAUGUACACGUUUCUAAAACCUACCUUGCAAUGGGCAACCAGUCACAUGCACUCUCAGCUUAUCACUGGCGUCCAAGACAAACCUCUUCCUUACUAGUGCUGGGCCGGAGGUGGCAGCAAAUGGACAGAGCAAACAAGCACUGGGAGGACAACCUAGGUUAAGCUGUUCAAAAAAAUGAUUCACCCCCAUAGAGAGCUCACAGGACCUACAAACACCAUCAUGAUUUUAAUGGAGUUGGAGUGGUCCAGCUAGAUCCCACUUGCUCAUUUUUAUUUUUUUUAUUUUUUUUUUUCAUUGAAUGCCUAGCCGUCCUGGGUUAGCCAGAGCACACAGUGUAAAUAGUCUAAACAACAACACUAAAGAGAAUUGCGCACAUAAAGAAUUCUAGAGAAAAAUUAGGUCAUGAUGUUGCCUUUGCCACUGACAUGCUAUAGAGAGAUGUGCAUUUUAAUUCUUAGCACUCUUGCUUUAAGCAACUACAGCAGUGAGGAUUUGAAAAACUCAAUUUCAAUUUCAGAGGAGUGACUUCCAUUUUAAUUCCUGCAAUAUGACCCUCUUAGUGGAAUAUCCCUAUCUCUUACCCGUAUUGUGCUGUGAGUUAGGGGUUAAAAAAAAUACAACGCAUAAGCUAUUGGUUGUUGCCCAAGGCCCCCUAAGCCUUCCCUGUCAAAAGUGGACUUAUAAAAACUGCUCAUAUCUAAUAUGGGAAACAGCAGCAGAACAAUCUUGUUCAGUCUUGUUUACACAAUCACUGUAUUGUUACCACAAGAAAACCCAGCCUUUAGCAAUGGACAUAAGAUAUGGUCUGUGUAAAUUCCAAUGUUAAAAAAUUAGAAUCCGUGCAUACUAUCAGGAGGGUAAAUAUUGUCUGCUUAACUGCUGCUUAGAUACUUAUUCGAUACAGUCUGAGCAUAAAGAUUGCUUACCACUCCUAAGCAUUGCCUAGAUUCAUAAAUCCAUUUAAAUUUCCACGCAUCUCAAAAUAAAUUAGUAUUUCAAUUUUUACAGCAUGGAACAUAAUUAUUUAGAAUUAGAAAAAAAGGCAAUUAAAAUAUAUUAAUAUCAAGUGAAUUUUUUUUUUUUUUUGUGUGAAUAAUAUUACAUUUUUAUACAAAUAGACAAAAACACUUCUGCAAACCAGUUUCAGUCAUGUGGUUGUUCAUAGUAUGAGAAGUAUCUGUUGUGAAUUGCAAAGGAUUAAUUAUACAGAAGACCCUAUUAUUUUCUUGACAGGGCAAAAUUAGAUAGAUGUCGCUGUAAGGCUGAUGGAUCUGUCAUUUAAUUUGCUACAAGAGGCUGGCUGAAACAAUUAUACACUAAUACACCAACCAAGAAGUAAAAAUUCUGGUGGUAGAACAAUGCAGUCUGCAAACUUCAUUUGGAAUUGAGGUCUUGAAAGACUAAUCUAUUGGGGAAACUGUACAUUAGUUUUAGUACUAUUUCUGUGGCGUUUCUUGAUGUAAAGCAGUCCUAAUAAAAUCUGCUAUAUAGUGGUGCAUAAAGGAGCAGUUUUAUACAAUUUUAAACUCAGUUUAGCCAACGUAUAACAUCAAAGUUAUCAUUACAUUGUAUUUAUCAUUUAUUUAGAUUGUGAGCUCAAUUGGCUAGGACAGUCUUCAUAUGUCAUUCAUGUUUUGUUAGCAUUUAACGAUUGCCUUGUUUCUUAUUGUACAGAGUUGUGGAAUAUGUUGGCGCUAUAUAAAGAAUUCUAAUGUAUUAAUUAUAUACUAGUACCAACUUAUUCUGCGGUACUAGACAAGAUAAGUGUAUGUUAGACUUAGACAGAUGCAAGUCAAUAAAGUUUGUUCUGAAAGUCUGUUUUUAAAUUUAGAAUUGCAUCAUCAUCAUCCUCUGCUUGAAUAACCUGAAAAUAAUUAUGUUGUAUGUGUAUGUUUAUGUUGUGUUGACAUCCAUAUAUUAAUUCUUCUGAAAAAAAUUAUAAAACAGUUACAAUAAUUUGAGAUUCCCCUCCUCCCUUUCUCCCCCUCCCCCCUGUUUAGUGACGCAGAUCUGCAGACAUGAUUGAUAUAAGGGCCUGGGCUGAGUACGUGGUGGAAUGGGCUGCCAAAGACCCGUAUGGUUUUCUUACGACUGUAAUCUUGGCACUUACCCCGCUAUUCCUAGCAAGUGCAGUACUGUCAUGGAAAUUGGCAAAAAUGAUCGAGGUCAAAGAACGGGAGCAGAAAAAGAAACAGAAACGACAGGAAAACAUAGCAAAAGCCAAGAGAACAAAGAAGGACUAACAAAGAAAUAUAAUUUUAUAAUGUAAAUAAACAGGUCUUCAGCUAAACAUGUUUUUUUACAUUCAUAUGUUUCCCUCUUUACAUUUCUAAAGAUUCAAAAAUGCUUGACCAAUUUAAGUAUUAAGAGGUGCUUCUAACUGUCGUUCCAAUUGUGGAAACUAAAGGCUCUGCAUAGUAAAUUAAACAUUUCAACUUUUUGUUUUUUACACACAAUGUAUGUACUGAAAAUUGCAUUUCUUUUAUGGCCGUCUGCCAUAGACUAAUAGAUAAUUUUGGGGAUAAACUAUUUUGUAGUUUACUAUCAAUAUAUUUUUGAGCAAUUUUUACACUUCUUUUGGACGCAUACGGUUUUCCUUCCAAUUUACUUUAAUAUUUUCCAAAGCCCAGGAUAGUUAUAUGAAUGUUGUUCAUGAUGUGUGUCCAUAUAUUGACCAAAACUAUCCAACUCCUUACUGUCUCAUGCAGGAGAUGAUUACGUUAUUCUAAAAUGACUACAAGUUAUUCUUAAUUAAAUUAUCAUAUUUACUUAGGUUUUAAGGCGAUUAAAAAAUAAACAAAAGUAUAUUUCAUUUUGACAACAUCACCUUUAAUACCUGGUUGAGCAGAUUGAAGCUUUAAUUCCAGCAGCAAGUUAUAGGUUAUUUUAAUGAUUAUCUACCAAAAAUAAAUGUUUCAUCUGUUGUACUGUUACUUGUUAUUGAGAGAUUUUUCAGUUAUUUAACAAUUGACCAGAUGGUUAUUUUUUAAAUUGGAUGUAAUUCUUUUGGAAUUAAUAUAGUCUGUUUGAAUGUCUUUACUCUCGUAAUAAAAUGAUGGUCUUCAUAUCUGCAUAAUUAUUUAUAUUAGAGUGAGGAAAAAUGUUUUGUUAAUGAUCACUAACACUAUUUUUACUCUAAGGAUUCAUAUGUAUUAUGGGCAAGUUGCUAUGAAUUUUUUUUUUUUGUUUAAUACUUAAUGAUCAUGUAAAAACCUUCGUUAUUGAAGUCUCCUUCAUUCCCAAACUAAAAUAUAGUAAAUCCUUUGUGGAGUGUCCAUUUAAAGGGACACUGUAGGCACUUUAACAACUUUAAUCUAAUUGUUUCCUCCUCCUUUUACUUUUCAAAUCGUUUCCUGUAAUGAAGACUUUGAAGACUGGCUUUAAGCCACUCCCCCAAGCCGGCCGAUUCUGAGAGCCAGGAAUGUAACUUCCCUGCUCUCAUACACAACCAUACCCUGACAUCAGCACGCAUAACUGUCGUGAGGUAUCAUUUUGCCGCCUAAUGCGCGCUCCCGCGAUAUCAGAACGUCCUCCCGGUCUUUUAGAACUCAAGGAAAUC